AUGAUACAUGCCAAAGCGAUGAAGUCGACUGUUGUUGUUGCUUACGAAAUGUACCUCGAAACCUGUGAGGGCAAACUCCACUGUCAUGCUGAUUGUCGUAUUAACAAACCGGUUUCCUUCUAUCGAUUCAGAGAGAAGCUAGCAAAGCAAAUGCUCGCUUAUGCCCCUCGAAACUGCAAGUAUCUUGGCGAUGAGAAGAUGAGCGAUACCACCACAACCAACAAAUCCAAGAGGCCUGGAUCGAAAACUCCUCCUCCACGGCGUCGUCCUGCCGAUGAUGAGUUAACAACUGCUUCUGGUGUCACCACGGAUGAAAUGGCAGGCAACAACCAUGGCGAUCGAUUGUGCGGAUUUAUCACUCCUCUCCUUGAGCAAUAUCAGGCUUGUCAGACAAUGCCGGCCAAUAAGAAGCUGAAUUGUGUCUUCUGCGGAAAGGCUUCUUAUCAGAAGUGCGCUGUUUGUGACAAGCCCAUGCACAAAUUCGCGAGUAAGGAAGGUGACAACAGCAUCCCCUGCUUCUUCCACUACCACAACACCGCCGCCAUGGGAUUGGCAAGAGAUGAUUGGCGGGUAACCAACAAGCGUCUCAAAGACUGGACGUAUCCAUCAGCUUCCGAUUUCGAAGAUAACGAAACUCAAAUGAGGCGUUUGCUCAAUGAGAUGCGCAGCAGUGACAAUAACUCAACUGGUGGCAGAACCUCUGAUAGCGGCAACAACAGCAAUACCACUGACGGUCAACAGUCGGCAUCCACCAACACAACCAACGUAAACAACGGCGGAGAUGAUACAAUGACUCCCUAA